CUUGACACCGAUCUCUGCUGGAGGAGCGGAGCGGCAGAGCGGAGGGGCCCCGGUCGUUUUCCAAUGCUGGGGAGCCGGGAAACAGCAACCGCGGGCGGCGGGGAGGCGGCUGCCGGGCCGCUGGGCCGGGCACACCGCGGGGAGGAGACGCCUCGCGGCCGCGCAGGGUGUCGUCUCAGCGGCCUGGUCAGCUGGAAGCAGAGACCGUGCAGGACUUCAGCCCUGUUUGCUGCAGCCAACACGGUGAUCUGGUUUGUGGCCUUCAGCUCUCUCCGAGCCUACAGCCUCGUGGCCGUCCUGCUGGCUCUGCUGGUCGUCAUGGUGACCGCCGGAGACAUCGCUCGGUCCAGACCCACAGGAGCUCUCUUAUGGCGCAGCAUGACUGCAAGCUGGGAGAUCAUUGACUCAGGCCAGGACAGCCGGUCUGGGACUGGUCCUCAGCUCAGCGACUCCCUCAAACUCUUCCUCCAGGAGACAUCGGCUUUCAAACAACAAAAUCCAGGCAAGUUUUGUCUGCUGGUCUGCAGUUUUUGCACCUUCUUUGCUGUCUUAGGACGCUACAUUCCAGGGAUUGUUAUCUCAUAUAUUCUUGUGCUGGGUGUUUUCCUGUGGCCUCUGAUUUCAUCUCAUGAGGUUGGUUUGUGGCUAGAGCCAGUUCUGCAGAAGCUGGACUUUGGCAUUGGGGAGUUCCUUCAGAAAAUCAAAGAGAACCAUGAGAAGAGAAUCAUGCAGGCUCAGACUGAGAAAGAGGGCAUCGAGUCGGACCUCUCUUCCAUGUUUCCCAAGCUCGACUCCACAGUGUGUAAGGAAAUGUCUGUAUCGGACACAGAGGUGUCUGAUGUGACAUGGACGGACAACGGUACAUUCAACCUGUCAGAAGGACACACACCACAGACUGAGAACUCAGAGGACCUCGACAGAGAGGAAGCGUUCACUGGAGGCCUUCCAGAAUUCCCCUCACUUGACAACGGCGCAACGACCAAUGGUGACGAUGACGACGAUCUCAGCCUCGGCCUUCCCUCGCCUUCACCUCAGCCCCAGCAGCCAAUCACAUCCAAGCAUACACCCUUUCCUCACAAAGACCAAGCCACCGACAAAGCCCUCGAAUUAGUCAACCAGAUGGCGGGCGACGUCAUCGCCGCCGCUGUCACAGCCGCCAUCCAGGAGAGAAUAGGAGCAGCGGUCGGCUUCACGGCACUGAGCGAAGACUCGGAGCGGUCAAGACUCUCAGAGUCCACCAGGCUGCUGGAUCUGGCCGAGGAGUCAGACAGCGAGGUGGAGGACUUUGAGCUGCUGGACCAGUCGGAGCUGGAGCAACUGGAGGGGGAGCUGGGGCUGGGAGAGGAGAAGGCCCAGGCCCAAGAGGAGGCCCAGGCCAAGAGUGACAAGCCGGCCUCUUCUGGAUUCUUAUCCAAACUCCUGAGACGCCACUGAUUGAUGAAAAGUACGAUCAGCAGGGGAGGAGGUCGGGUUACAGAGGACUGUUGGGGGUUGUGAGAAAACAAUGUUUCCAUUUAUCUUUUUCCUGUAGAGGUAACAUCAACUUUUCAAAACAGUUUGUCAAAACAGUUUGUCAAAUAUAGAGGUGGAAAUUAUUUCACUUUAAUCAGAAUCAUCCUAGCCUAAUGCCGAGAUCAGACUACACGAUAUCAGCCAGAUAACGGCCUGACCCGACAGACGUGGGAACGAAAAUGAGCGCUGUGUGUCACUAUUGCUUGUUUUAUCCUGUGUAGCGUGUGAUAGUGAAAGACAACUGAUGCAGCGUCUGGGACAUCUCACAGUGUCCUGACCAAAGGACGACUGCGUCCUUCUCCCACCAGGUUUGACAACACCUACGACAUGUCCCAUGACGAUUUUGUUUGUGUCAUCAAGUGUGAGCAGGAGGUAACAUUGAAACUGAAAACAUGGAGGGUGCUUUUGCCUUCGCAAUCUGCAUAUUUAUUUAUGUAUUUCUUUUUUCAACAUUUAGUAAGCUCCUUGUUGUGCAUCCCCAAAGUUUUUGCCCGUACUGCCCAGCAGCCAGCUCAGAGCAUAUUUGAUUAGCCUACUAGUCUGGUCGCGAGUCUUACGUGCCAGGUUGGGUCAGGUCUAGAAUUUAUUUAAUAACAUUUCAUAUUUUUUCACUUCUUAAAAGGCAUAUAGGAUGGCACAUUUUGUGCCCAUGCCACCUUACUGAUCACCUAUGUACCAGACGGAAGUUGAGAAAGACAGCAAGCUAUGACUGGUCGGAGUCCAGUCUUCAGUCUGCAAUGUCUCUCAGUCAAGUUACAGCAAGAAUUUAUGAUCCAAUGAUCGCCUAAUCUGACACAGUGACCAUUCUUAAUUUAAAAAAUGAUCGUGUAGUCUGAUCCUGGUAUAAAAGUUUGUUUAUGGUUUAAGGACUAAGGGCCUAGUUUUAAUCAAUUGCUGUGGUUACAUUUGUCUUUUCAAAGCAGUAUUUAUCACCUGAUCACACUGGAUUGAUGAGAUCAAUUUAGCAUUUAUAAACAGCAUAUAAACACAUACUAAAGGAUUUUUAAACAAACUAUAAGUUAGUUAUAAGCAACUAAGGACUUUUUAAGUGUUUAUUAAUAUAUUUAUGAACAACUGUGACUAUAACUGGCAUCUGUAACUGUUGCAUAAACAGUAAAUGAAUGAUUGAUAACAUAGCACAACAUAGCUGUAACCCUAAAUAAUUAUAUAAAGCAUGACAAGUAUUACACACAUGAACAAAUCCUCACAGGCAGGAUCAAAACUGUUUAUAAAUGUGUUUAAAACGCACGUAGACGUGGAGCUUGAACGUUCACUCUUGACCUCGGAAAUAGUAGUUUGACUCAGAGUCAGCCACAUCUCAGCCGUGUGGCGGACAGAGUUUGAUCUGUUGUCAUGGAGAGUAGAAAUAGUGUUUAGUAAAUAAAUAAUAAUACAAUAAUACUUCAUCAAUAAAUAUAAUUAAUAAAUAUAAUUGAUAGAAUAACACAAUAAGUAAAUAUAAAUAUUUCAUUCUUUACAUUCACAUUAAAUAUGAAUACAUAUUUUCUAUUUAAACUGUAUUGUAUUGUUUUAUCAAUCAUUCAUUCUGUUUAGACACUUAAACUGUCCUUAAUAUCAGCUUACAUCUAAAUUAUAUUGUGUUAUAAACCAUUCAAUAACUAUGUAUUGCUUAGAAAUGCUUAUUAGGGGGUUCAAAUAAAGUGAUGUCAAUGCAUUUGUCCUAAACCUCCUUCUGGACUGGACACACAGUAUUCAACACUGAAACUGAUCUUCUCAACAAUCUCUGAGUAAGAUGAUAAGUAACAAGUGCAUUUCCUAAAACACUGAACCGUUCAGACUUUCAAAUAAUAUGAAACAUGCAAAAUUGCAAAUGAAUAUGCAAAAACACGUCUGAAAAAGACUUCCCAAACAGACUUUUGCCCCAACUGUAAUCCAAGCCUACAUCCCAAUACAAUACAUCCCAAAAUUGCAUUGAAAGACCAGUAUAACUGCAGCAAAAUGCAUAUUUUACCAGUAACCUAAGGUGAUAUUUUGGGUAAAGCAAAUAUUACUAAUAUGUUAUAUAUUAUUAAUAUAUAUUACAAGUGACUGGUUUUAGUUUCAAAACUCUCCCGCCACUUCUACUACACUGUAGACAGCUCACAACACACCUAACACUCACUUUGAUGCUGAAUUGAUUCAUUCAACUUGAUUACCCAGAAUCCCACAGACAUCAAAUCAAAUGACAAUCACUAGGCAAUCAAAACACCUUGAAUGCUCAAAAUACUGCUGGUUACUACUAUAAUACUGGUUGGAUUGUUGACUAUGAGGAUUAAAAUGUAGGAAACCUUUUUUUUUAUUAUUUUUUAUUUCCUUUUUUAAUUUUAUAUGUAAGGUUUUUUUUCAUGAAACAUUUAUGUAGUUGAGGAACUUUUAUUUUAUUACAAAAUGCAGCAGGUCUCAAAAUACUAUGCAUGGAAAUGUCAUUUUGAGACAAAUAUAUUUAACAUUACAAAAACAUUAAAACAUUUUAUUUCCAGUGCUUCAAGCCCAUGAAUUUCACAUGGCUCAUUGUGGUCGUCAGUGGGCAUAGAGAAAAAUGACUUUGCAUCAGGAUCAUCCUCUAACUAGUCAAAAUUGCAAACUAAAUUUAGAUUUUUAGAUGUCAAAUAUGACGAUGGUCAUUGUUGUCGUCACUCUAAAAACACAAAAACAGAUUCAGGCUUUAGAGUUACAUUCCUGCCACUGUACAAAACUCAGGGGCAUCUGAUUUUAAAUUUCCUCUGGCUUCAUCACUAAGACCAGUGAGAAAUGGCCCGUUUAAAGCUACAUUAGGAAAUGUUGACCGAUACAGGGCAGAAAGAUUGCAAAGUAAACUCAGAGCAACAUUAGCCUGCUUACACAUCUAGUGAUGAUUUAUCCAUCUAGCGUUGCGGAGGUCACAUCAACAGAUGAAAUCUGAUGCUGAACUAAAAAUCAAAACCUACGCCGUAGGUAUUGUCACAGCACAAGUGGUACUGCUGAAAUGUUUUGUUGUUAGGUCUAGGGGAUUUAAUCAUCACUAAGCCUUAUGGCUGUACGAGCUACUAACAGGCCUCAACAUACCUCAAUGCCUUGAUUGCCAAAACAGAACUGUGUUGAAUAAACAUCAAGGGUCCAGGUAGCCUUGGUGGCCCAGUGGUUAAAGCACUGACCGUGAAUCGCAACAUCCCCUGUUCGCGUCUGUCCGAAGACCUUUGACAGCCAGACUCCAAAACGGACCCGAUCCUAAAUGCGGUCUGCAUGAACAGAUCCAAACGCAGAGAGAGCACCAACUUUGCGCCCCACGGUUCACACUCGCCCUCUGCCUCUAAAAACACGUUUUUCUCCGGGGAUGAUGACGCACCGUAUGAUCAGAGCCGGUUGGCUAUUAGACAAGGUAUGCAGCAGUAGAACAGGAUUCUACCCAAUACGGUUAGACUGAAUAUAAUUGGACCCCCCCUCAAGUCCAUGACCAGGUCUCGGCUACUAGGAACCAAGUUAACACAUAAAGACCUCUGCUCCUCACGUCAUAGGAUGAUCCAAAAUUAGACUCAAAAUAAAGUGAAAUUUAGUUUUAGUGCACUGAAAGUAAAAUGUUAUGAGAUGGCGUAUUUCCAUUUGCACCUUAAGUGUUAUUUAACGAUGCACCGAUGUAAGGCAGUCUGAUGUGUCGAGCAUCAGUCGUGGAUUCAACGAAUGAAGAUGAAGAAUGACUAAACUGUUUCUUUAACAUGCCUUGUACAUUAAAAUACAUUGUUUUUAUAAUAAAGACACACAGCAAUGUAUAAUGUAUCUUCUUGAAUAAAUAAUAACCUUGUAUUAGCAUAACUCUAAACAUGAUAAUAGAAAUAUUUGUUUAUCAGUGCCUAAGAGGACUGUGUAGUGGCUGCAGUUCAUUUCUAGCUCACGUGUAAUAACUGUAUAAAACAAAGAAAUGUUUCAACUUCUGAAUAAAAUAAAGACUUCACUAAAUAAAGACAUUUUUAAAUAUUUAGUAAACCGAUCAAAUUAUUAAUUUUUUUCAUUUACCUUGCGGUUGGAUCUCGGCGGCUUCUGUGCCAUUGUCUAAAAGUGAGAAAUCCUUUGAACCUAGUUCAAAAACAUGUUGGUGGGUCAGAACAAAAAUGCAUUAUGUAAUGUACUUUUAUGUAAUUAAACUCAAGAAUGUCAAUAAAAUGUUGUAACGCA